CUUGUCUCUUCCUACUAGAACUCUGUUUCUAACUAUUAUUCCCUGCAGAGGAUGAGAUUGUCUCAAUCAAAGUCCCCACUGCAGGAACCGAGUAAACAUCUAUUCCAGCCUCCUUGAUUACCUUUUUCCUUCUUUGACCCUUACCCCCCACAUCACAUAAUAGCUUCUCUCUUCACAUAUUACUCCCCCCCCACUACCCACUCCCCUAUCAUUGCCAUAAAUUCUACACUACACGCCACCAUGGCACAUGAUCCUCGAUUAGCUAGUGCAGGCACUGCAACCCCUGACCCCCCUCCCCCACCACCACCACCUCCCGCUGAGACCGCGAUGUCGGUGGUGGCAGAGACCCGGGCAGCGGAUGACGCGGUUGCCGCCCAGUCAGACUCCUACAAGCUUAGAUUCUGCACAGUCUGUGCAUCCAACCAGAACCGGUCGAUGGAGGCUCAUCUGCGGCUCUCAACGGCCCCUGCCCCGUUCCCUGUAAUCUCAUUCGGUACCGGCUCUCUGGUCAGGCUACCGGGCCCCUCCAUCACCCAACCUAAUGUCUACCACUUUAAUUCGACCUCGUACGCCCAGAUGUACGAUGAACUGCUGGCCAAGGACGAGCGACUCUACCGUAAUAACGGCCUCCUGACCAUGCUGGAGCGCAACCGGAACCUGAAAUGGGGCCCCGAGCGCUUCCAGGACUGGGUCCCGGGCAUGCCCCGCAUCGACCACGUCUCCAAGGGCGACAAGGGCGCCCUGGGCACCGAGGGCGGCGUCGUCGACGUCAUCAUCACCUGCGAGGAGCGGUGCUGGGACGCCGUCGUCGACGACCUCAUGAACAAGGGCUCGACCCUGAACCGCCCCGUCCACGUGUUCAACGUCGACAUCAAGGAUAACCACGAGGAGGCCCUCGUCGGAGGGAAGGCCAUCCUCGAGCUGGCCAAUCGGCUCAACGCUGCCGCCGUCCAGGAACGUAAGACGAACGAUCAGACCGGCUGGGAGAACGGCACGGGCGACGCCCGCAGGAGCUUCGAUGAGAAGGUCCCCCAGAUCCUGGGCGAGUGGCAGGAGAAGUGGCCUAAUUUACCGGCCUUGUGGACUUUGGCUUGGCUAUAGCCUGCCAUAGUAGCCCGAAGGGCAAUUCAAUAUACCUGAAAUCAAU